GCUGGACUAUUAUUAAACACGCUCCUCAGACAUCCCUGCUCUCCUGCGCCUGACUCCUACACCUCUCACCAAGACGCAUGUUAUCACAUCGUUAUAGUGGAGAGAGGCCCAGAUAAUUGUUACAGGAUAACAAGUGGGGUCCAUUUGAGGCUGCAAAAACUGCAGCUCGACCCUAAACUCAGCUUCCACCAAAUAUUUUUUUUGCUUAGAUCCAGGUUUCGCUUUACAUCUAGAAAGUAAUGGCUCUCUGGGUCAAGGGCACACAGUGCCGCCACCAGUUGGCAGUUGCCUUUGCUGAAUUGUUCUGACAUUUCACCAAUGACCACAUCCAACGUGUUGAGGAACAGUCUUUUACACUCAGUCUCUUUUCCUCUGUCCUGCUGUACUGUCCAGUGGAUAUAUAUUCACAUCCAGUAGGAACGAUUUAAUUUUGAAUAUCGUGUUACUUAUGUGGUAUUAUGGGAUAUGGUGCUAAACACCUUGGCAGGUUCCUCGUCUUUUUGGAGAGUAUAUUUCAUCAUAGACAGAAAAAGUCCGCUGCCCCCCUCCCAUCUUGAUUCUUAUCGUGUCCAAUGUCCCCCUCAGUGGUUGCUGGUUAGAAACAAGGAACUCGAUAAUCACAAUCGCCGACAAAUAAAUGAGAUUUCUUGCCAGCUGCCGAUCAUUAACAAGUGUUGAAAGUGACACCAAUGGUCCCAAUAGCACUUCAAACAAUUUUUUAUUUCCACAGUGCAAUGCUCUUUGCUUGAUGCGUGUCUAGCAAAUCCUUUGGUACUAUCAAUAUCAUUCUUUCAGUUAGAAUACCCAGCUUGGGUGGAAGACCUUGUCUGCGUUAGCAUUGGACCCAAAACAGAACUUUCGACAUGGGAAAACAAAAUGCAGCAUCUGCAGUAACCGAGUAUUCUAGCCACUCUCUUCCUAUUAGCCAGUUGUUAUUAAAGGAUUCUACGCUAACCUGGGCUGGCUUCUCUGUUCCAAGAUCAUCAGGAACAGUCGGGGGUGGAGGCGGCUGUGGAGCCAUUAUGGCAGCACUUGUGGAAGGGUGGGUAUGCUCUGUACAUGGAGCUAGCUGCAGCUCGGGAGCAUCAUCGCUGUUGGGCUUGGCGGCGGCCUCGGUGGUUUGAUGCAGCUGCUCAUCGCUCUCUUUCUCCUUUGUUUGGGUACUUGGGCGAAGCCAAUUUCAGAUAUCCAUCGUGGCAGAUUAGUUGGGUCAAGCUAGCUAAAUAGACUAAAGCUAAUAACGCUAACUCGUUUUAUACCUAAGAGUGAAGCAGCCUCAACGGAAAACGUUGAAAUCAAAUAUUACAGGAGGAGGUGUAUCACAUUAUUCACUUUCACAACGGAGUGUAAACCCAACGGAGUCACACCUAACCACCCAGUGGCUUUCCAUAGCCCCCCAGCUGCAACCUGGUCUCAGAGCAUUUUGUAUUAUUCUUAUGAUUGAGCUGGCUGUGGUGGAGACUACUGUGCAGCACUCCAGCCAGUCGUGAUGAAACCAUAGAUAACGUCUUCAACAUCAUUGGCCCUUUUGAUGUGCCAAGAUAUAUCUACAGUACGGAGAGGAAGAAGUUUGUACCCCUUACCAUGACCACCCACUCUGCUCCAUGUCUCUGUGGCUCAGCGAGGGACAAGGCAGAGUUCUUCAGGGAACGCUACACACUCCUACAGCAGGCCAUCGGCAUGAGCUCUUCACCCCACCUGUAAUAGAGGCAGGGCCGCUGCAGAAGAAAGCAGGAACACAUUUCAGCUUAAGACUGUUGAAGCACUUUUAGGUAGUACGGCUAAGCUACGAGAGAUCAUUGUCUUGGGGAUGGUCACACACGCUAAAGAGGCUAGUAUUCUUCGGUGGCUACGGAUAUAUGGCACAAGGAGCUCACAGAGGGACAUUUGAAUACGAUGAAACUUCAUUCAUGGGAGAUAAUCCGGGGCGGGGCUGGAACAACCACAUUCACAUCCUGGACCUGUCCACCUGGAGCCAGCCAGUCACCAAGGGUAAUGCCCCAUCUCCCCGGGCAGCACAUGCCUGUGCCAAGGUGGGCAACCGAGGCUAUGUGUUUGGGGGGCGUUACAGGGAUUACCGCCUGAACGACUUGCACUACAUCGACAUGGAUUCCUGGGAGUGGCAUGAAAUGAGUGUUCCUCAGCAGGGUCCUGUGGGACGCUCAUGGCACUCCCUCACCCCCGUGUCACCUGAUCACAUCUUCCUGUUCGGAGGCUUCACAACAUAUAGAGAGACACUGAGUGACGCUUGGCUGUACUGCGUCAGCAAGAACAAGUGGCAGCAGUACAAGCACAAUCAUACACAGAGCCCCAGGCUCUGGCACACGGCCUGUUCCGGUCCUGAUGGGGAGGUCUUUGUGUUUGGCGGUUGUGCCAAUAACCUGCUGUCCCAUCAGCGAGCAGCUCACAGCAAAGAGUUGCUGGUGUUCACGGUUCAACCAAAGUCACUUGUCUGGUUCUGUAUGGAAGCAGCAUUGCAGCACAGAGAGUUGCUGGCUGCGUCAUGGGACUGCUUGCCUAAACACCUGCUACACAGUCUCAAACAGAGGAUGGGAGGCAUCAAUGCACUGGGGUCAUGAGGCAUAUACCACCACAUUCUAUGGGAUGCCGGGGUGUGU